AUGGAAACCUUAGAGGAAGUUGAGCUCUGUUUUCCAUCAUCCAACACCUCCUGCAGGAAGACGAGUCGCUCACACUUGGAGGCUACUAUCAUCUACACCCUCCUGUCCUCCAUCACUCUGGUCACUGUGGUUCUGAACCUGCUGGUCAUCAUCGCUAUCUCCCAUUUCAGGCAGCUCCACACCACCACCAACCUCCUCCUCCUCUCCAUGGCUGUCGCAGACUUCCUCGUUGGUUUUCUACAGAUGCCAUUUCAUAUCUUCCAGUACCAGGGCUGCUGGUACCUGGGUGACUUUAUAUGUGCCGUGAAUAACUUUUCUAGUUUUCUUGUCGUCAGUGUGUCAGUCGGGUGCAUGGUUCUCAUUUCAAUUGACCGCUAUGUGGCUAUUUGUGACCCCUUAUUGUAUCCUACAAAAGUCACCAUGAAAAGAGUUCAGUUGAGCAUUUAUUUAUGUUGGAUAUUUUCAACUGUUCAUGCUGUUUGGAUACUGAGGGAUUUCCUCCAACAACCAGACAGGUAUAAUUCCUGUCAUGGGGAAUGUGUACUUGUAGUUAAUUAUGCUGAAGGAGUUGUCGACCUUGUUGCGACUUUCCUGGGCCCUAUUGUUGUCAUCACAUUUUUGUACAUGAGAGUAUUUGUGGUGGCUGUGUCUCAUGCUCGUGCCAUGAGAUCCCAUAUUGCAUCAGUCACACAGCAGAUUUCAGUGGCGGUAACUGCUUUGAAAUCAGAAAUAAAAGCAGCCAGGACUGUUGGUGUUCUUAUAAUUGCUUUUCUUUUGUGUUCUUGUCCGUAUUAUUGUUUCACCGUUGCAGCUGAAAGCAAUUUAUUUGGACCUUCAUCUGCAGACGCUGAGCUGUGGUUGCUAUAUUUUAACUCCUGUCUGAACCCAGUUGUGUAUGCUUUUUGUUAUCCGUGGUUCAGACGGUCUGUUAAACUCAUUGUUAACCUUCAGAUCCUGCAGCCUGACUCCUGUGAGAUCAGCAUAUUGUAG